AUGGGAUCCGAUAUCACCGCGGAAGAAAUCGCAAAAGCUGCAAAAGUUGCAUUCGAAGAGUCUCAGUUGUUUCCUGCUACUGUCCGAAUAGAUGCCCUCGCAAAGAUCAGACAGCAGCUCGAGGCUAACAAGGCUGAAAUAUUCGCAGCAAAUAAGCUGGAUAUGGAGGCGGCGCAAGUCGAGGUCGAUGCAGGAAAGAUGUCGAACGCCAUGAUGAAGCGUCUCGAUCUCGGAAUGGGCGAUAAAUGGGAUUCCAUGCUCAAGGGCGUGCAAGAUGUCGCAGACCUUCCCGAUCCAACUGGUGUCGUCUCCUAUACUUCACAGCUCGAUGACGAUCUCGAACUGUAUCGUGUCUCAUGUCCGAUAGGCGUUCUUCUUGUGAUUUUUGAAGCACGCCCUGAGGUUGUGGUAAAUAUUGCGGCUCUGGCGAUCAAGUCAGGAAACGCUGCAAUCCUCAAAGGCGGAAAGGAAUCGAAUCACACGACACAUCUCCUCGCCAAGGCAAUCUCGCAGGGAUUGUCACAGACUUCACUUCCGAGCACGUAUGUCCAAGCCAUUCAAACGAGGGCAGAAGUUUCUGCACUACUGGAUCUUGACCGCUACAUUGACUUGGUCAUUCCCCGCGGAGGCAACAGUCUUGUGAAGGCCAUUCAGAAUAGCACGCGGAUACCAGUCAUGGGACAUGCGGAUGGAUUGUGUCAUGUAUAUCUAGAUGAAUCCGCUGAUAGUCAAAAAGCCGUUCGCGUGGUUGUGGACUCAAAGACGGAUUAUCCAUCUGCUUGCAAUGCUGCAGAAACUCUUAUUGUGCACACCUCUCUUCUAAAUACGGUGUGGCGAGAGGUUGCACAAGCACUCUUGGCAGCAGACGUUCAUCUAUUAUGUGAUUCACAUACCUUAUCAGCACUUGCCUCACUUCCCAACGUCCCCGAAAGGUUCUCAAGUCACGUCCACUCGUCCACAGAAUCAUCCUAUUCUGUCGAGCACCUUGAUCUUACGAUAUCUGUCAUAGCCCUGCCCUCCCUUCAUUCCGCAAUUCAAUUUAUCAACUCUCAUUCCUCCCAUCACACGGAUUCUAUCAUAACUGAAUCCGAACGUGCAGCGUCUGCAUUCUGCAGAGGCGUAGACUCUGCAGGGACUUUUGUCAAUGCUAGCACACGUUUCGCAGACGGAUUCCGUUAUGGCUUCGGAACUGAAGUUGGAAUUAGUACAGGACGGAUACACGCUCGUGGGCCGGUGGGUCUCGAGGGACUUGUCACCUACAAAUAUAUAUUGAGGAGCAAGGCGGAGAGGGGUCAUACCGUAGGAGAAUUUGGGGUAGGAGAGGGAAAGAAGAGCUUCAAGCAUGCAGCGAUUGCAACAACCAGUGUACCAUUCUAACAAACAUGACUAUCGCAAUAGUUGAAGUAAAUAGAUCCUCAUGAUUGUGCAUCCUCUUCCAGCUUUGCCUUCUUUGCAGUAGGGCUGCCAUCACCUUCUCCGUCGUCUGCCCUGCGUUUAGCCGGUGCAUCUAAUUCAGCAGCU